AUGGCGAUGCUCCUGAGACUCGGCUGCUCGCUGCUGGCCCUCAGCACCUGCCUGCCGCGGGCAAGGGCGGACUGCGGCCGCGACUGCGCUGCCUGCGCCUACCGCCUGGGACCCCGCGCCGGCAUACACCCCCUGGCAUGUACACUAGAAUGUGAAGGAAAGCUACCUUCUGCCAAAGCCUGGGAGACCUGCAAGGAUCUCCUGCAACUGGCAAAGCUGGAUGUCUCUGAGGAUGGCAACAUCGCUCCAGGAGACAAGAAGGAGCUGGAUGAGAACCAUUUGCUUGCGAAGAAGUAUGGAGGCUUCAUGAAAAGAUACGGGGGGGUCAUGAAGAAGAUGGAUGAGCUCUACCGGGUAGAACCAGAGGAUGAAGCUAACGGAGGAGAAAUCCUGGCUAAAAGGUAUGGAGGGUUUAUGAAGAAAGACUCAGAUGACGAUGCCCUUGCUAAUUCCUCUGAUCUGCUGAAGGAGCUUCUAGGAACAGGGGAUAACCCUGAAGCAGGGCAUUACCGAGAGAUAAAUGAAAAUGAUGGGGAUGUCAGCAAAAGAUAUGGAGGCUUCAUGAGAAGCAUAAAGCGCAGCCCCGAGUUGGAAGAUGAAGCCAAAGAGUUGCAAAAGAGAUACGGUGGCUUCAUGAGAAGAGUGGGUAGGCCAGAAUGGUGGCUGGAUUACCAGAAACGAUACGGUGGGUUUCUUAAGCGCUUCGCCGACUCCAUUCUCCCUUCAGAAGAAGAUGGGGAAACAACUUAUUCCAAAGAGGUCCCAGAGAUGGAAAAGAGAUACGGUGGAUUUAUGAGAUUUUAGUACCUUUCCCUUUAUCCUUUUUGUCCUAAAUGAGAAAGACUGCCUUAUUGGUCAUAACUUAUUGUAACGUGUUGCUUGUACUGUACAGUUUUUUACUGUCCUUGGUUAAUGAUGCAACCUGCAAUUUGUUGUUUCAGGUUUUGUGUUCUUCCAAGUCAACUAACUAAUUUCUGUUUUAGUCAAGUUUCAGUCUGUAUUGUAGUUUCCAUGCUAGAAUUAUUUUGAUUACUGUAUUCAUUUUCUUUAGAGGAAGUACCUCAACAGUAGAGUUGCUUAACUGUGUGUACAAUAAAUUCUUCAUCCUAACUGCAUAAA